UCCAUUUUUUGUGGUCUAACCAUUUUGACCUUAUAAUUUUGUUCUUGUAUCGGAUUAUUAUUAUGCACACGAUAGAAGGAAGGGGCAGGCCUCCAAUCAAGCGCAGCUAGGUCUUAUACCAUUACCUCACAUGACAAGCGUCGAGUAUUUAAAAAAAAAAAAAAAAAAAAAAUUCAUUGCAAAGAAAUGUAAUUAUGGUGACUCGCACAUAGUCUAGGUAAAAUUUGCCUGAUUCUGGGCAGCGAAUCCGACAUAGAAGAAAUGUCUGCGGUCGAGCUGAGAGACUGUAUCGAAGAGCUUCUGAGCUUCACUCUACAGUCUUAUGUCAACGAUACCCUCGAAUUCGAUCUCCGCUUAUCCAAGUGCUUCUGCUCACAGCUCCUGUCGCCCGAACCAUCCGACCAGUUCCCCUUACCACCAGACUUCAAUGAAUCUCUUGAAGGUGUACCAUUGUAUCCCUUAUACAAGCGUCUGGCUUUAGCCUUGCUUGAAUCCAUGACUUCCGGAACAUUUCAUAGGACCUAUAACAAAAUGACACUGAUUAGUGUUGAAGAGUCAUUGAAGCAAAAAGAAAGUGAAUGGCAGAAACUCAUUUUAGAAAAGGCAUCUGAAAUAGUCAAUAUUUUAAGGACUGUUGACUUUGAACUUGAUGUACAAGAACCAUUUUUUUCACAACUGAAAGAUGGCAAGAAAACAAUUGAAGGAAGGUGUGCUGUUGGUAAAUACACUAGAAUUGGAUCAGGAACUUUACUUCUCCUCAACAAAUGUAUUGUGCUUCAAGUUCAGGGUGUCCACUGGUAUCCUUCAUUUUCUAAUAUGUUGGAGGCAGAGAGUCUUGGAAAAGUCCUCCCAGGAGUAAAAUCUGUUGAAGAUGGUGUACAAAUCUACAGAAAGUUUUAUACAGAAGAGAAGGAAAGGUUAAAUGGUGUUCUUGCAAUUAGCAUUUCAAAAGCAGCUCUGCAGCCUUGUAUUUCUAUGGCUAGCAUGUUCUCUGCAUUAAACUAUGAGGGUCUUCAAGGUCUUCUUGGUUUGACAAGUACCAAAGGGACAAUUGAAUCUGCACUUCCCCCACCAAGAUCAAUCCUUUUCUCAUCAUUUAUGCUGCCACAUAAACCAGUUGUAACGAGCAGUACAUUGACUCAUGGAGCUCGAGCCUUGGCAAAGCAUGUCCAUAGGAGUAGCGACAAAUUUUGGGGUGCUUUUGUUGGAAGUGACUCUAAUAAGAACAAGCUUGCUUUAGAUGUCAUCAUUCACUUGGUGACAAAUUGCUGCUGGUUAAAUGUGCAUAUUGUUCCACCACAUGGUGAGGUCUUUGAAAUAAGGGUUGCUGAUGGAUAUGGUGCACGGUGGUCCAAGGAUGGUAGCCAGGUCAAUGAAGUUAGUUUGUUUAUGGAAUCCCCCUUACAAAUUCACUGGGAGGCAACAUGCAGAAUUCUCAGGUAUCUUAAAGUUUAUUGGAUUUUUGGAGCCAUAUAUGGAAGACGGUCACUCAAUGGGAUGGGAGCACUAAACUUGGUCAGAGCGAUGUUGUCUGCAAUUUUCUGAAUUUAAAGCGUUUGGGAAUUUCCCUAAUCCGUUAUCUCUUGUCUAUGAAUCUUAUUUUAGAAUAAAUAUAUAUCCAUCGUUGUGUUGUAUACAAUUGUGGCUUAUAUGGAUUGAUAUGCUGACUUCUGGCUCUAUGUUGUUGUAUACUAAAUAUGAGAUUCAAUAUGUUUACAAAAAAACUCAAUAGAAUCGUUAUUGUUGACAGUUCUCAA